AUGAGUUCCCAUCCCCAACCAGUUUCAUCACCAGUCCGACAACGCAAGACUAGCAAUUAUCUUAACCCUCCGAGAUCCAGGAGUCGAGAGUGUGAGCAAGUACCAUCACCACUAUCACUUAAUCCGACCACUGAAUCCAGUCCCGUCGCCCAAUCCAUCACCGGCCGACAAAAAGUCAAAUUUCAAGGCCUCACACAUAUCCACGACGAAGCAAUGGCCAAAGGAGGAGGACUCGCCCUGAAAGGGCUUUCGCUCUUCAUGUACUUUAUCGAGUUCUGCUGCGCAGCUAUCAUUCUCGGAAUCUUCUCUUACUUCCUGGCGGCGCUUGUAAGCAACAACUUGCACGUCGAUACUUACAUCCGUGCUGUGGAGGGUAUUUCUGGUGCCGCUGUUCUUUACACCAUCUUCGCACUCCUCCUCGUCUGCUGUCUUGGCGGUAUCCUGGUUGCUAGUCUCAUCGCGGUGCUUUUCAACUUGGCAUUCUGUGGUGCUUUCAUCUACUUGGCUUAUGCUACCAGACAUGGUGCAUCAAGUUGCUCUGGCAUCGUCAACACUCCUCUUGGAACUGGAAAUGUCGCAAAUGGAAACAGAGUCACCACUCCCGAUGAUGGAAUCGUCUAUCUCCCAUCUUACCGCACUGCCUGCAAGCUUAACACAGCUUGUUUCGCCGUUGCUGUCGUUGGAGCCGUCUUCUUCUUCCUUUCCACCCUCAUUGAGCUCGCACUCAUGCGUCACCACCGCAAAGAGAAGGCUUUCGGCCCAUCCCCAAACAACGGCUAUACUGCCGGUUCCCCACGUCGCAAGUUCUGGCAAAGAAAGCCAAAGACCGUCGCUCAUCACGACGCCGAGAAGCCAGAUGCCCUCCCUGCUCACACCACUCCAGCUGCCGUCAGAAACUCCUACAACACCGAGUCCACCGCCGUCGGUAACGAGCCUGCUUACAACAAAUACGGAAACAACACCGUCGUCCCACCUGCUACCUAUGGUAACACCGCUGUUCCAGCCACCGCAACCGGUGGACUCGCUGCUGAAGCUGCGCACCACCCGGUUCACCCUAGCCCAUACGGUGCCCAGGGUCAUUUCGGACAGGAUGUUCAUGAGGAUUUCGUGAGGAAUGGUCAGCAGACUACUACGACCACUACGAUGCCGGCGGCGAAUUAUAAUCGUGGCGGGAACUUUUAA